AUGGCGUUUCAAUUCGAUUUGAACCUCAAUGAUACCUUUGGUGCCUACACCCUUGGUACUUUUGCAUCCUCAAUAUUGUUUGGAGUGACCUGCUUUCAGACCUAUCACUACUUCAAUACGUAUACCGACGACGGAAUUUUCCUCAAAUUGACUGUCAUCACCGUAUCGGGAUUCGAAAUGUUGCAUGUGGGCUUCAGCAUUCAUGCUGUAUACCACUACCUAAUAACGGACUAUCUGAGUCCGCUGUCUCUGCUUCGUCCCGUCUGGUUCCGGCUUCGUAGCCUUUUGGAACUUCCAGGAUUACCAGAGACUUUGGCCAAGAUUUCCUUGUCCACCGCGGUAGCUAUUGACGUUACGAUAGCUGCGACCCUCAGUUAUUUCCUCCACAGCAGUCGUACAGGCAUCAAACAAACGGACAAAUUAAUCAACCGUUUGAUGAAAUAUACCAUAAACAACGGAGUCUUAACAACGGUUUUUGAUAUCAUCACUCUGACACUGGUUAUUACACGACCCAGAGAUCUUAUUUUCCUCGCAUUUUCUCAAGUUCUCGCUUCACUUUACAGCAAUUCCUUUUUAGCCACCUUGAACUCCAGGAGACCUCCAGCUUCAUCUCACGCCGUGGUGAAUUCCAACGGGAUCUCCCUUCAAACUAUCCAUUUUGGCGCAGUCCCUGGUGCGAUGGUUAACAGCGACUCAACAUCGUCACCUAUAGAAAAUGACUCCCAUAAGGACCGAAUAGCUCGACUUGCAGCUGAACAAGUCGUCUAA